AUGCUCAAGUCUGUGGUGUUGGCAGCGCUCUUGGGCGCUUGCUCCGUGCUUGGUGCUGCCGAGUGCUCGCGCGACAAGAAGUGCCCCAAGGCGACACCUUGCUGCUCGCAAUACGGCGAGUGUGGCAUCGGCGCCUUCUGCCUCGGCGGCUGUGACCCGACCGCUUCCUACUCGCUCGACGCCUGCGCUCCCGCACCCGUCUGCGAGAGCAAGGAACUCGACUUCAAGUCCCUGAAGCGUGUGGCUGAUAUCGGCGACUACCUCGGCGACCCGACCGACUACGACUGGGUGGCCUCGGGCGAGCCCGCCCUGCACGACGGCAAUGUCCUCCUCACCAUGCCCAAGGGCAGCGUCGGCACGGUGAUGUCGUCAACGACCUAUCUAUGGUAUGGCAACGUCAAGGCACGCAUGAAGUCGUCGCGUGGACGUGGUGUCGUCACGGCCUUUAUUCUCUUCUCCGACGUCAAGGACGAGAUUGACUACGAGUGGAUUGGUGUCGACCUCGAGACGGCGCAGACCAACUACUACUUCCAGGGUAUCACCAACUACACCAACUCCGAGAACAUUACGGUGGAGAACUCGUUCAGCGACUUUCACGACUACGAAUUCCGCUGGACACCUGACAAGAUUGAGUGGCUGGUUGACGGCAAGGUCGGCCGCAGCGUCGAGCGCGAGGGCACCUGGAACGCGACGGCCCAACUCUGGGAGUUCCCCCAGACGCCUGCCCGCGUGCAGCUCUCGCUGUGGCCCGGUGGUGCGGAGGGCAACCCGGAGGGCACCGUCAACUGGGCGGGCGGCACCAUUGACUGGAACGCUGAGGACAUCAAGAACGUGGGCUACUUUUACGUCGAGGUGGAGUCCGUCAGCAUCGAGUGCUACGAUGGCAAGGACGGCAUUGGAACCAACGACAACAAGAGCUACUGGUACGACGGCGAGGCCGGCACCAACAACACGAUUGUCGACGGUGACCGCGACACGGUCCUCGCCUCGAUGCAAGCCACGGGCCUCAACAUGGACAAGGGCAAGAAGAAGACAGACAACAAAAACGACAACAAGGACGACAACAAGGAAGAGCCCAAGACCGUCCCGGGUGGCACCACGGGGUCCACCGGCAACGACCACAGCGACGAGGGCGAGUCGUCGGGCAGCGGCGCUGGGACCGGUGGUGACACCGGCGGUACGCAGCCCACGGACAACUAUGACUGGAGCAACUUUGACCAGGGUCUGUCGAACGACAAUGGGGACCAGAGCAGCACGGACGGCGGCAACGCGGGGACAAGAGCCCAAGCCAGUCUGCUGGCCAUUGUUGUGGCCGGAUGCGCCCUGUACUGGCGUCAGAGCUAG